AUGGUGGCCGGCCCUGUGAAAGCCAAGGCCUUCAUUGCAGGUGGUGCCCACGUACUCAGCGGCCUGCAAGAUCAGCUGCGAGAGGAUCCCUUGACAUCUCUGACCGCCCCAAUUCUGUUUGUGCGCGGCACCAAUGAUAACUUCUGCAAUACCAAAGAGUUUGAGAGCGUGAAGGCGCGCAUGACAUCCUCAGAUGUACAGGUGCAUACUGUUGAAACUGGUGAUCACUCGCUGAAGGCACGCGGAGGGAAGCAGGCAGCGGCCGCAGCAGUGGAUGCAGCAAUACAGGCAGCUGUGGCUUUUGCUCAGACGCUGGCAGAUGCAGAUGCAGAUCAGCAGGCAGAAGGGCCCUCAGUGCAAGAAGCAAAGAAGAGAAAGGACGUGGGUGAGAAGACAGACGAGACGGACACUGUCACUCACACACGAAAGCGGCAGAGGAAGACCAGGCCCCGGCACUAG